AUGGCCACCGCAUCCGCCUACCGCUCGCCAGGGUUCGACUUUUCCAACGAAAUACGAAACAACUUCCUCUCCGAGCGGGGCGUCCCGCUCCCAAAGGCGACGAGCACAGGCACAACCAUCGUAGGGUGUCUCUUCAAGGACGGCAUCGUGCUCGGUGCGGAUACGAGGGCGACGGAGGGCCCGAUCGUCGCGGACAAGAACUGCGAGAAGAUCCACUUCAUUACAGACUCGAUCCGGUGCUGUGGAGCAGGUACAGCAGCAGACACAGAGUUCACGACCGCCAUGAUCUCCUCCAACAUGGAGCUGCACGCGCUAUCCACCGGGCGCAAACCCAGAGUAGUUACCGCAAUGACGAUGCUCAAACAGUAUCUCUUCCGACACCAAGGGCAAGUCGGUGCAGCGCUCGUCCUGGGCGGCGUCGACGCGACGGGCCCGCACCUCUUCACCAUCCACCCACACGGCUCUACAGACAAGCUCCCCUACGUGACCAUGGGCUCCGGCAGUCUCGCCGCCAUGGCCGUCUUCGAGGCCGGCUGGCGGCCAAACAUGGAGCGCGCGGAGGCACUCGACCUCGUCACGACCGCCGUCUCCGCCGGUAUCUUCAACGACCUCGGCUCGGGCUCGAACGUCGAUGCAUGCGUGAUCACCGCCUCGCACACGGAGAUGCUCCGCAACUAUGUCAAGCCCAACGAGCGCGUCCAGAAGGAGCGCAGCUACGGCUUCCGCCGCGGCACUACCGCCUGGAAGUCCGAGAGCAUCCGCCAGAUGGUCGUUGAGGAGGACAUCACGUUCAUUGCUCCUGAGGCGAUGGAUACGAGCUGA